CUGGUCGUUGUUGAAGAAGGACUAACUUUACCAGUGCCCUCGGUGAUAAUUGCAUAAUUGCAAAAUUGAUUCUAAUCAAGAAACUACCGAUAAUGGUGAACAGGAGCAGCCGCAAGCACCGACCUCCUCGGAAUCGGAUGCGCGGGCUGGUCCUCCAGAAAUUGCUGUUGAAGAAGUAGCGGAAGCAUCUGGAGGUGAACAAAUGCAGAAUGUGGUACAUGAUCAUCAUGAUGAGGAGCAUGAUCAUGAUCACGACCACGAUCAUGAUCCUGAACAUGAGCAUGUACACGAUCACGAAACUGAAGAGGAGGAGGAACAGGAAGAGGAAAUAUCCGAAGAAGAUAUGCUGCAGCGUCGCCGGGAGGAAUGCGAGCGGAAGGCGCGUCGCGGCGAAAUGGAUCCUCGGCUGGAGUUUACUUUUCAGCUGUUGAUGGAUGCCACUGGAUUGCCGCGCCAUCAGAUCAUGGAUCACAUCUUCGAGGGAAAUAUGUUGGACGAGAUAAAUCAGCUCUUUCUGCCGAACAUGCGCAACAAGCUGAUGUGGUUUUAUCAGGAAGUGGACGAGGUGGACAUGCCAGUCGAGCGUGACAUAAACAAACCGGGACCGUCCAGGGCAGGAGCUUCCAGUUCCUCCAAAACGCCCCAGAGUGCAAUGGGUGGGGCGGUACAGAGGCCACACAAGCUUUUCAUCACCGAUGGCUGGAGUUGCGCGUUCACCGGCAUUUGUAUCUACAUGUUUCGCAUCAAUAUUCAGAAGCAGUUACCAGAGGAAGGAUUUCAUAAAGAUCUAUACUGCGGCUACAUCGACGCGAACCGAGUGGGCCUGGUGACGUCGAUCGAGCGCAUCGUCGAGCAUGUUUUUAUGCAGGCUCUGGCGUAUCCCAACAUCGAAUCCGAAGAUGAGGAGAUGAGUUGUAAUCUGGUGAAAUCGCAGCUAUUACCCGGAUUGCGCUCAUUCUGCAGUGCCCUGCGCGUCUGCGAGCAGGUCUGCAAUCAUUUUAACGUGUUUGAUGAUGGGAAGGUAAUCGUCUGCCGUGUCGACACACUGGCGGAGGUUCGCGAGAUGUCCAAGAGUGCGUCUACGUGUGCUGAACUGGAGGAGCGGGUCAACAAUUGGAUCAAAGGGAUCGCUAAGAUUCUGAUGGAGAGUGAGCAGCUGAGACGGGAAAAUGACUCCAGCGGACCGCAGGAUGAGCUGGAAUACUGGAAACGUCGAGGAGCACAAUUUUCCCAACUGCUGUCGCAUCUGCAGGAGCGUGAAGUUCAGUGGACGUUGUACUGCCUGUCGCAGUCUGGCUCAAAGGUGUUGAAGCAAUGGAAAGAGACCGAUAAAAAGAUUACGUUCUGCUACAAUGAAGCGCGCGAUAAUUCCAAAUUCAUUCAAGCGAUGGAAGCUUGUUGUCACUCUCUUUAUUUGGACGAUCCUGUCAACAUGAAGGAGUCGAUCGUGAGCCUCCUGCAAACCGUUAGAUUGAUAUACAGUGUGUCACAAUUCUACAACACUUCUGAGCGCACGUCUACGUUGAUGGUGAAGAUCACUAAUCAAAUGAUUGAAACCUGCAAAUCUUAUAUCACCUGUAGGGGCAAGGAAACGAUCUGGACUCAGGAUCGGGACUUAGUACGCACCAAACUCACCAAUUGUUUGAAGUUGAACCAUAUUUAUAGGGAAACCUAUCACGCUGUUAAAUCACAACCGUUCCUACCGGAUCAAAUUCCUUUUGCAUUCUCAGAAAAUUACGUAUUUGGCAAAUUUGACACAUUUUGUGAUCGUUUGUCAAAAAUAAUUGCGAUGUUUAACCUUAUCGAUGAUUAUAACCAUUUGUUCGAGAGACGUUUGGAAGGUCUCUUGCUUGGCGAAGCGCUGGAAGAUGCAAUUAACACGUUCGAUGAAGCUCGUGUUGAAAUAAUAAUGAAAAAGUAUGAUUACUUGGAUCAGCGCAACCUGGACUUCAACAAUGAUUUCCAGAUCUUUCUACAGAAAACCGAUACUUUGAAAGAGACAAUUGCAUCUAUGAUUGAACAUAACUUCGACAGCGUUUGGGAAACACCCCAGGGCAUUCGUUUCCUGGUCCGCUUUGAGAAAGUCAGCGAAAAGAUUCCCCUCAGUACGAUGGAUGAAAAAUAUCAGCGAGUAUCCAAGUAUUGCGAGAAGGAGAUUGAUCGUAUUUUGAAACUCUUCAGGAAACAACGGGAUGAUCCGCCAUUGCCGCGAAACUUCCCGCCAAUUGCGGGACGUAUCAAAUGGUGUCGUUCGUUGGAAUACCACCUCAAUGAGUUGGUAACCACCGUUACGACACACCCUGUUUUGGCCUCGCUACCGUCGACUAAAGACAUUGAAAACCGGUACAGCUCGGCCAAAAUAAUCUUAGCGGAAUACGAGCAGGAGAUGACGCAAAUUUGGCUCAGUCAGGAUGUCAGCGUAGCGGACGCCUGUCUCGUGCAGCCAAUUUUAGCGUUACAGGGUGACAGAUUAGUGGUUAAUUUGCACCCCACCAUCCCACUGCUCAUUCGCGAAAGUAAAUGCAUGGCGAAGAUGAAGAUCGACCUGCCGAUCGUCGCUGCUACGCUGCUCUGCAAACAGAAUCACUUUAACACGAUUCAGGACUCGCUAAAUAGUCUCAUUAAAAUGUUUUUGAACACUAUUAAAAAGGUUAAACUGGAAGUGCGACCGUUGCUGCUUCCGCAGCUGGUGCGACUGACAGCGAUGAUGAAACCGGGACUGAAGUCUAUAAAUUGGACCAGCCCCAGAUGGAUGGAAUUCUAUGACAACUGUAAGGAAGCCAUCGAAACAUUCGACGUUCUAGUGGCUCGAGUUCACGAUAUCUACUCGAACCGUAUUCUACAUGUGCUCACAUCAAUGCAGGAUAUUCAACUGCAAUCCUUACCGAACGACGACGAAAUGUGGGCUGUGGACGAGUUUUUGGAGACCACCGAAGAAACUUGCCGCCAAGCGGCGAACGAGCUGAAUCGUAAAAGCCAAAUGGUGGAAGAAGCUGUCGAGGAAGUUCUCGACCUGGUACAUCGAGCUUCGCAAAUUUUCAAGCGUAUGGUUGGUGCAGAAAACGACUUCUUCGUAGAUGAAGACAAGAAACCAUCCGAGAAGUCAUCUCCAACUCCAGAGGCGGGGAAUGAUGAUGGCAAUGGGCAGCAGCAGGACUGGAGUAUUCUUUGGUCGUGCUUUGAAAAUCCAUUGCAACUAUUAUCUCACCAUGGAGGUGGACUGCCCAAAGGGAUGCAAGAUAUGGUGUUCAACGCAGUCUCGGAGAUGCGGCGGUAUUACAGUCGUAAAGUAAUCGAUGUCCUCAUACGAGUCACCCGAACUUCGCUGGACUGUCUGAGGCGGCGGUUCAUCGAAGUAGAAGGUGAAGAUUUUCCGAGAAAACCAAUUUUUAUCCUGCAAUCGUUGUUGAUGAUACCGAACGUGACGAUUCGGCCGAACCUUGAAGAGCUGCAGGAAGCGUUGGCGAUUGCUGGCAAACAGAUUACCGGUGUAUCGAAGGGUGUCGCCCAGUGGAAUACUGGUAAAGAUGUUGAAGAGAAACAGAGACCUUCGGCUGCCGCUCUUGCUUCUGCUGCUACUGCAGCGAAAUUGGCCCGGGCUAAUGCAGCUACGUUGGAUGAAAAGUCGCGUCGUCGGAAGAUGUAUCGACUACAGUCAGAAGAGAAACCCAAGAUGGUUCACAUGACGAAAAGUUUCUACAGCUAUGUUAUGGACAAUAAGGAAGUGGUUAAGACAUUAUCGCUUCUAUCGAGCUGUAUUCGUAAUAUGAAACCUGAGUUGCAUCAAUUCGUGGACAAGUGGAAGCCGUAUCACUUUUUGUGGAAGAAUGAUAAAACCGUUCGACAGUUAUUGGAGUACUCACUUUUGGAUUUUGAGAGUACACUGCGUCGGUUAGUGGAUUUGGAUGCCAAUUUGUUGGUGGAACCGGAUAUGCAAUUUUUCGGGCAAAGUAUUGCUCUUUCUACAGAAAAAUUGAAGUUUGGAUUAGCGAUUGAAAUUAAAUCAUGCACUCAUAAACUAGGACAAGCAAUGAAGAAGAAAUACAAACGCGAGAUGGACUACGUUUAUGCAGUGAUCAAUGAGAUGGAUCGCAAGCUAGAUCGACAAAUUCGUGAUUUAGAUGAUGUCCGUACGAUAAUGGAUACUCUUUGCAAAAUCCGUGAACAGGAGGUCGACAUGGAGCUGAAGAUCGAACCGAUCGAGGAUGCGUUCAAUAUGAUGCACAAGUACGAUAUUCAAGUUGAUCGGGAACAAAUGGAUCAGGUUGAUAAUCUGCGCUACACUUGGGUUCGUCUGCAGUCUCGUGCCAAAGAGGUACACUGCAAACUGCUCGAGAUGCAACCAGAUUUUCAAAGCGACUUGCGAGCCAAUCUGGAGAAGUUCAAACAGGACAAGAUCGAGUAUGUUGCCGAGUACCGAGCAUCCGGGCCGAUGCAAACGGGGCUGACGCCGCGUGAAGCUUCUGACAAGUUGUUGCUCUUCCAAAACCGAUUUGACGGGAUGUGGAGAAAGCUCCAGACUUAUCAGAGUGGCGAGGAAUUGUUUGGUUUGCCUCAAUCAGACUAUCCUGAGCUUGGCCAGAUCAAGAAGGAGCUGAACUUGCUACAGAAGUUGUACAAGCUUUACAACGAUGUCAUUGAUCGGGUCAGUAGCUACUAUGAUAUUCCUUGGAGUGAUGUCGACAUCGAAGAGAUCAACAACGAGCUGAUGGAGUUCCAGAAUCGUUGCCGUAAGCUACCAAAGGGUCUCAAGGAGUGGCCCGCCUUUUACGCACUCAAACGAACAAUUGAUGACUUCAAUGACAUGUGUCCAUUGCUUGAGCUAAUGGCAAAUCGAGCGAUGAAACCACGUCAUUGGCAGAGAAUCAUGGAGGUGACAAAGUAUACCUUCGAGUUUGAUAGCGAAGGUUUUACGCUGAAGCACAUUCUGGAAGCACCCUUACUGAAACACAAGGAGGACAUCGAAGACAUUUGCAUAUCGGCAAUGAAAGAGAAGGAUAUCGAAGCCAAACUGAAGCAGGUUACGAACGAAUGGUCCGCCCACGAACUCAGCUUUAUGACGUUCAACAACCGUGGCGAGUUAUUGUUGCGAGGUGACACAACGGCCGAAACCAUCGGUCAACUGGAAGACAGCCUCAUGGUACUUAGUUCCCUUCUUUCCAAUCGAUACAACGCACCAUUCCGUAAACAAAUUCAACAAUGGGUCUAUGACUUAUCCAAUUCCAAUGACAUCCUAGAGCGAUGGUUGUUGGUACAAAAUAUGUGGGUCUAUCUCGAGGCUGUAUUUGUCGGUGGCGACAUUGCCAAACAGCUUCCAAAGGAAGCCAAGCGCUUUUCCAAAAUUGACAAAUCGUGGCAAAAGAUCAUGCAACGUGCCCACGAAACUCCAGGCGUAGUCGCGUGCUGUGUCGGUGAUGACUUGCUGAAGCAGCUACUACCGCAUCUACAGGAACAACUAGAGCUGUGCCAGAAGUCUCUAAGCGGUUACUUGGAGAAGAAGCGUAUGAUGUUCCCGAGAUUUUUCUUCGUUUCCGAUCCAGCCCUGCUGGAAAUACUUGGGCAAGCGUCCGACUCGCACACAAUACAAAACCAUCUAUUGUCGAUCUUUGACAACACUCGCUACGUGAAGUUCCACGAUAUCGAGUACAACAAAAUGAUGGCGAUAACUUCCUCCGAAGGCGAGCAGAUUCCACUGGAUCGAGCAAUUCGAGCAGAAGGUUCAGUCGAAACGUGGCUUACGUCACUGUUGCAGUCGAUGCAACAAUCGCUACAUUCCAUCAUCCGUCAAGCAUACGUCCUGAUGAAUGAUCCCAACUUUGUCCUGAUUCCGUUUCUGGAAAAACUUCCCGCACAGGUCGGUCUGCUGGGAAUUCAGAUGAUUUGGACCAGAGAUGCAGAGAUGGCUCUGAUGCAAGCGCGGCACGAAAAGAAGGUAAUGUCGGAGACGAACAAUAAAUUCCUGGAGCUGUUGAACAAUUUAAUUGAUCAAACUACAAGGGAUUUGACUAAAAUUGAAAGGACAAAGUUUGAAACACUUAUUACGAUUCACGUCCACCAGAGGGAUAUUUUUGAUAUACUAUGCAGAAUGAACAUACGAUCCGUGAAUGACUUCGAAUGGUUGAAGCAGUGCAGGUUCUAUUUCAAAGAAGACAUCGACAAGACCUGGAUAAAUAUUACCGACGUUACGUUUGUUUACCAGAAUGAGUACUUGGGAUGUACCGACCGUCUGGUGAUCACACCGCUAACCGACAGAUGUUACAUUACAUUGGCACAAGCGUUGACCCUUAGUAUGGGUGGAAGUCCUUGUGGUCCGGCUGGUACCGGGAAAACCGAAACUGUCAAAGAUAUGGGCAAGACACUGGCCAAAUACGUAGUCGUGUUCAACUGCUCGGAUCAGAUGGACUAUCGUGGCUUGGGACGAAUCUACAAGGGACUCGCACAAUCUGGUUCAUGGGGUUGCUUUGAUGAGUUCAACCGGAUUGAGUUACCCGUUCUGUCAGUUGCAGCCCAACAGGUGGCGGUUAUUCUAACCGCUAGGAAAGAAAAGAAGAAGCGGUUCGUGUUUACCGACGGUGAUGACAUUGAAAUGAAUAUGGAAUUCGGUGUGUUCAUUACUAUGAAUCCUGGCUAUGCCGGGCGUAAAGAGCUACCGGAGAAUUUGAAAAUCCAGUUCCGAACUGUCGCAAUGAUGGUGCCGGAUCGACAGAUCAUAAUCCGCGUAAAACUAGCCUCGUGUGGCUUCCUGGAGAAUAUUACUCUCGCACGAAAGUUCUACACCCUGUACAAACUUUGUGAAGAACAAUUAACCAAGCAAGUUCAUUACGAUUUUGGAUUAAGAAACAUCCUAUCAGUGCUAAGAACACUUGGAGCAGCGAAAAGAGUAAACACCAAGGAUAGUGAGAGUACAAUUGUAAUGCGAGUACUUCGUGAUAUGAAUCUAUCCAAGCUAAUCGAUGAGGAUGAACCGUUGUUUAUGUCGCUAGUUUCAGAUUUGUUCCCGAAUCAAACCCUGGAGAAGACCAGCUAUGGGGAAUUGGAAGCGGCAAUAGCGAACCAAGUGGACCAGGCUGGUUUGAUCUAUCAUCCGCCGUGGAUUCUGAAGCUUAUCCAACUAUACGAAACACAGCAGGUUCGUCACGGAAUUAUGACUCUUGGACCUCCUGGAGCUGGUAAGACGUGUUGCAUUCGCAUAUUGAUGAAAUCCUUGACCGACAUCGGUAUAACGCACAAGGAAAUGCGUAUGAAUCCGAAGGCUAUAACCGCUGCGCAGAUGUUCGGACGGUUGGACGUAGCUACGAACGAUUGGACCGAUGGUAUCUUCUCCGCCCUUUGGCGGAAGACACUGAAAGCGAAGAAAGGAGAGCAUACCUGGCUUGUGUUGGACGGCCCGGUCGACAGUAUUUGGAUCGAGAAUUUGAACUCGGUGCUGGACGAUAACAAAACACUGACGCUUGCCAACGGGGAUCGACUUUCGAUGGCACCGACCUGUAAAAUCAUUUUCGAACCACACAACAUCGAUAACGCUUCCCCUGCCACAGUGUCCCGUAAUGGAAUGGUGUAUAUGAGUUCGUCCGGAUUGGACUGGAAACCAAUUUUGCAAGCCUGGCUCAAGACACGUAGCGCUCAAGAGAAAAAAAUGUUCAACGAUUUGUUCGAGGGAUCAUUCCUAAAGAUUUACACAUGGGUUACUCAAAACCUGUUUCUGAUGAUGGAAGUACUGCAGUGCAACAUUAUCCAGCAGAUGAUAUACCUACUCGACGGUCUGGUUCCAGUAAUGGGAGAAAGCGAGCAGGAAACUGCUCUGUCAACCACCGGAAGUCUUGAUGACGACAUUGGCGACGAUGAGGUUCCCAAAACUAAGGAUGAGGCUUGUACGCCGGAGCACUUGCAUCGUUUGUAUAUCUUUGCUUUGGCGUGGGGUAUCGGAGCGUACCUCAACUCCGCGGACCGUCUUAAGUUGGACGCACAUAUUAAGAAAAACUUUCGCAGUCUGGAUUUCCCUGCUUCGGAGGAAAAGCCAGACUCGACGAUAUUCGACUAUUUCGUGUCGGCCACUGGCAGUUGGCAGUUGUGGAAAACUCUAGUGAUGCCCUACGUCUAUCCGGAAAAUUCAACGCCGGAUUAUUUAAGCAUACUGAUUCCAAUUGUGGAUAAUGUUCGAAUCGAUUUUUUGAUCAAUGUGAUCGUGAAACAGGAAAAAGCAGUUUUACUCAUAGGAGAGCAAGGAACGGCCAAAACCGUUAUCAUGAAGAGCUUCAUGAAGAAGCUGAACUCGGAAGUUCACAUGGGACGGUCGUUUAAUUUCUCGUCCGCGACAAGCCCGUAUCAUUUUCAGAAAACGAUCGAAAGCUACGUUGAAAAGAGAUUGGGUAACAUGUUUGGACCGAGUGGUGGUCGGAAACUUCUGGUUUUUAUAGACGACAUCAAUAUGCCUCAGAUUAACGAAUGGGGUGAUCAGAUUACUAACGAGAUCGUGCGGCAGACUAUGGAUAUGCGAGGUUUUUAUAGUUUGGAGAAGCCGGGCGAGUUUACUAAUAUCGUGGACGUCCAGUUUGCUGGGGCUAUGGGUUUGCCAGGAGGUGGCAGAAGCGACAUACCCUCGCGACUAAAACGGCAGUUCAGCGUGUUUAAUUGCAACAUUCCCGAUAAUACAUCGAUAGAUACGAUCUUCAGAACACUUGGCGAAGGUCACUAUAAUGUAAAACGUGGUUUCUCGCUUGAGGUACGAAAAUUGGUGAAGCGUUUAGUACCGUUAACCCGAACACUAUGGCAGCAUACCAGAGAACGGCUGCUACCUACUCCCGCUAAGUUUCACUACAUAUUUAGCUUGAGAGAUCUAUCCCGAAUAUGGCAAGGAAUGAUCGGUACUCUGUCGACAGUGAUCAUUUCUGAAGCAGUACUGAUAUUGCUGUGGAAAAAUGAAUGUACCCGAGUGUUCGCGGAUCGUUUUGUAUCGUUGUCGGACACGGAAUGGUUCCUGGAAGAAAUGCUGACGGUGUUGGACAAGGAACUUGGGCCAGAAUACAAAGAAAUGGCAGGAUCGAGCCCGGUGUUUGUAGAUUUUAUGCGAGAUGCUCCUGAACCCACUGGAGAAGAAGGUGAGGAAACAGAUAUGGAAUUGCCGAAGGUUUAUGAACCGGUAUCGGAUUUCGAAAUCUUGCGCGAGCGACUCAAAAUGUUCUUACUGCAGUUCAACGAAAUGAUCCGUGGUACGGGAAUGGACCUGGUGUUCUUCCCGGAUGCCAUGCUACAUCUGGUGAAAAUAUCAAGAAUCAUCCGUCACCCAAGGGGAAAUGUAAUGUUGGUGGGCGUAGGUGGAUCCGGUAAGCAAUCGCUUACUAAACUUGCUUCGUUCAUCGCCGGAUACAAGACCUUCCAGAUCAGUUUAACACGCUCCUAUAACGUAGCAAACUUUCUUGAAGAUUUGAAACUCUUGUACCGAUCUUGUGGUGUACAAGGCAAAGGAACUACUUUUCUUUUCACCGACAUGGACGUUAAAGAGGAAAGCUUCCUCGAAUAUCUGAACAACAUACUUUCGUCAGGGGUAAUUUCGAACCUUUUCAACCGGGACGAGCAGACGGAGAUCGUCUCGGAGCUGACACCUACGAUGAAGCGGGAGAACCAGAAGAAGAACGUGACACAAGAAACGGUAAUGGAGUACUUCCUGCAACGAGUUUGUCACCAUCUUCACGUGGUCUUUUGCUUCUCUCCGGUCGGCGAAACUUUCCGGCGCAGAAUUAUGCGGUUCCCGGCACUGGUAUCCGGUUGCACCGUAGACUGGUUCCAGCCGUGGCCGAAAGAUGCGCUGGUUGCAGUUGCCAGACACUUUUUAACCGAUUUUUCCAUUGAGUGCACAGCGGAGGUGAAGGAUGAGCUAGUGAAUGCUCUCGGAACUAUACAAGACAUAGUAUCGGUGACGUCAUCGGAGUACUACCAACGGUUCCGGCGAGCAACGCAUGUUACUCCCAAGUCGUACCUGAAUUUUAUCGCCGGGUAUAAGAAUAUUUAUACCCAGAAACACAAGGAGUUGUGCGACGGAGCGGAGAAGAUGGAUACUGGUCUGGAAAAGCUGGCCGAAGCUUCUGAAUCUGUUGAAAUCCUGAAAAUAGAUCUUGCUCAUAUGGAAAAAGAGCUGGUGGAAGCAUCUGCCAAAGCGGAACGUGUGCUGGUGGAAGUAACCGAACGUGCCAUGCAAGCUGAAGUCUUCAAAAAUCAAGUACAAGUGGUUAAAGAGAAGGCCGAAGCGUUGGUGCAGAACAUAGCCGCAGAGAAGGCCCUAGCUGAGGAAAAGUUGGAAGCUGCCAAACCAGCCCUAGAGGAAGCUGAAGCAGCACUGAAUACUAUCAAACCAGCUCACAUUGCUACGGUUCGCAAGCUUGGCAGACCACCGCAUUUGAUCAUGCGUAUCAUGGAUUGUGUGCUGAUAAUGUUCCAACGUAAGCUACAUCCGGUAAUAGCGGACACGAGCGCACCGUCUCCGAAACCUUCGUGGCAGGAGUCACUGAAAAUGAUGGCCAGCACUACCUUCCUGCUUCAGUUGCAAAACUAUCCGAAGGAUACUAUCAACGAGGAAAUGAUCGAGCACCUGCAGCCCUACUUCCGCAUGGAGGAUUACAACAUGGACACUGCAAGAAGGGUGUGUGGCGACGUCGCUGGAUUGUUAUCUUGGACCAAAGCUAUGGCAUUCUUCCAUGGGGUGAACAAGGAAGUGUUGCCGUUGAAGGCAAAUUUGAUGCUGCAGGAAGCUCGUCUCAAGAUCGCCAUGGACGAUCUGGCGGCUGCUGAGAAUCAACUGGCAGAACGAGAAGCAGCAUUGCAGAAAGUCAAGGAUCAGUAUGAUGCUGCUGUUUCGGAGAAACAACGGUUGACGGAUGCGGCGAACAGUUGCUUGCGCAAGAUGACCGCGGCUACAGCGCUGAUCAACGGACUCGGCGGAGAAAAAGCCCGCUGGACACAGCAAAGUAAAGAGUUCAAAAUUCAACUCGGCAAGUUGGUAGGCGAUGUCCUGCUAGCUACUGGAUUCCUGUCUUAUUGUGGCCCUUACAACCAAGAGUUCAGGGGAACUCUUUUCCAAACCUGGAUGAAUAUCCUGAAAACUCGAACCAUCCCGUAUACGACAGGACUAAGUAUCAUCGGAAUGUUGACAGAUUCUGCCACUAUUUCGGAAUGGAACCUGCAGGGAUUACCGAACGACGAAUUAUCCAUUCAGAAUGCAUUGAUCGUUACCAAAUCCAGCAGCUAUCCGUUGCUGAUCGAUCCGCAAAGUCAGGGUAAGAUCUGGAUCAAAUGCAAGGAGGAUCAAAAUGAGCUGCAGAUCACAUCGCUGAAUCACAAGUACUUUAGAACACAUCUGGAGGACAGUCUGUCUUUGGGGCGUCCACUGCUGAUUGAGGAUGUUGGAAUUGAGUUGGAUCCGGUCAUAGACAAUGUGCUGGAGAAAAACUUCAUUAAAUCUGGCUCGAUGGAAAAGGUGUUGGUGGGUGAUAAAGAAUGCGAUGUUAUGCCAGGUUUUAUGUUGUACAUCACGACGAAACUACCGAAUCCUCCGUUUAGCCCGGAGAUCAGUUCUAAAACUUCAAUUAUUGAUUUCACCGUGACUAUGAGAGGUUUGGAAGAUCAGCUGCUUGGACGAGUGAUCCUGAUGGAAAAAGCUGACCUGGAAUCGGAGAGGGUUCAGUUGUUUGAAAGUGUGAUGAAAAAUCAGCGAAGUAUGAAAGAGUUGGAGGGUAAUUUACUGCUUCGAUUGACUUCGACGGAGGGUUCGCUAGUAGACGACGAGGCUUUGAUUGAGGUUCUUCAGGAGACCAAAACAACAGCGGAAGACGUGAACCAGAAGUUGAAGAUCGCCGAGGUCACCGAGAAAAAGAUAAUGAUUGCUCGGGAAGAGUUCCGUGCGGUUGCAGCACGUGGUUCGAUUCUGUACUUUUUGAUCGUUGAAAUGUCCAAUGUGAACGUGAUGUAUCAAAACUCGCUAAAACAAUUUCUCAAUAUAUUUGAUAACUCCAUUACAAAGUCAGCUAAAAGCAACAUUACGGAGGAGCGCAUUAACAUAAUAUUAAAAUACCUGACCUACGAAGUGUGGGCCUUUACCAGUCGAAGUUUGUACGAAAGACACAAACAACUGUUUACGCUCAUGUUGGCCAUAAAGAUCGACUACCAGAAGGGAAACAUAAGCCAUGACGAGUUUAUGGCAUUUGUUAAAGGUGGCGCCUCGUUGGAUCUAAAUGCAGUUGCCCCCAAACCUUUCCGAUGGAUUCUUGACAUAACCUGGUUGAACUUGGUGGAAAUAAGUAAGUUGAAAACCUUCCAUGGAAUUUUGAAAAAGAUCGAGUAUAACGAGCGAGACUGGAGGCUCUGGUAUGAGACAGAAAGACCAGAGAUGGAAGCAAUUCCCUGUGACUUUGAACAUGAGCUGGAUGUGUUUAGGAAGCUUUUACUUAUCCGUUCGUGGAGUCCAGAUAGAACUAUUUCACAGGCUAGGCGGUACAUUGAAUUUUCACUUGGAAAGGAAUAUGGUGAAAUGCAUAUUUUAGAUUUGGAACUUACUUGGGUUGAAUCAGAACCCAGAACACCGUUAGUUUGUAUCUUGUCCAUUGGUUCGGAUCCCACUGUGCAGAUAGCGGCACUCGCAAAAUCGAAAGGAAUAUUGCUGAAGACGGUUUCCAUGGGUCAAGGGCAAGAGUAUCACGCUCGAAAAUUGAUGACAGACUGUAUGUCCAUGGGAGGUUGGCUGUUGCUGCAGAACGUACAUUUAUCGCUAACCUUCUGCAAUGAAAUUAUUGAUAUUCUGAUCGAAACGGAGCACGUGGCGGAUUCCUUCCGUCUGUGGGUAACCACAGAAACGCACCCGCAAUUUCCAAUAGGUUUGCUCCAAAUGGCGAUCAAGUUCACCAACGAACCACCACAGGGAAUCCGAGCCAGCUUGAAGCGCAGUUACCUUGCCUUUACGCAAGAUUACUUAGAUUACACAUCCGCCACUCAGUGGCCACCGUUGCUUUACACAGUAGCAUUUCUGCACUGCGUCGUUCAGGAACGUCGCAAAUUUGGUCCGCUUGGAUGGAACAUACCGUACGAGUUUAACGCUGCGGACUUUUCUGCAAGCGUUCAGUUUAUCCAGAACCAUCUCGACGAGAUGGAUCCGAAGAAGGGUGUCUCGUGGCAAACGCUUUGCUACAUGCUCGGCGAAGUCAUGUACGGUGGCAGGGUAACAGAUGAUUUUGACAAACGUCUACUGACCACCUUUACCCAGGUUUGGUUCUCGGAGCAUUUGUUGACACCAAGUUUUGAAUUUUACCGCGGUUAUCGUGUACCCAACUCGAGAAAUAUUCAAACCUACAUCGAUUAUAUCAACCAGUUACCCACAACUGACACCCCGGAGGUGUUUGGGCUUCAUCCAAACGCGGACAUUACUUAUCAGAUCAAUACGGCAAAGGGUAUUUUAGAUACAAUUCUCAGCGUGCAACCGAAGGAAGGCGGAGGUGGUGCUGGAGAAACCAGGGAGUCUAUCGUCUGUCAGUUGGCCAAUGAUAUGCUGAGGAAGCUUCCUCCGCAGUAUGUGGCAUUCGAGGUAAAGGAGUCGCUAACCCGAAUGGGAGCGUUGUUGCCGAUGAAUAUCUUUUUGAGGCAGGAAGUCGACCGCAUGCAGCGUGUGAUCAACACCGUUUACACCAAUUUGUGUGACCUGAAGCUGGCCAUCGAUGGAACCAUCGUGAUGAGCAACUAUUUACGGCAAUCGCUGGACGCUAUGUAUGAUGCACGCAUACCGGAAAAGUGGCAAAAGAUUUCUUGGGAGUCCACCACGCUAGGAUUCUGGUAUACCGAGCUAUUGGAGAGGAAUCAACAAUUUCGAACCUGGAUCAACAGUGACCGUCCGAAGGUAUUCUGGAUGACAGGAUUUUUCAAUCCUCAAGGAUUCUUGACUGCUAUGAGACAGGAAGUAACACGUGCACAUAAGGGCUGGGCUCUGGACUCGGUUGUGCUACAGAACCAAAUAACCCGACACAACAAGGAAGACAUUCACGACGCGCCCCAGGAAGGUGUGUACGUCCAUGGACUGUUUUUGGAAGGAGCAUCAUUGGAUCGCCGCAGUGGAAAGCUGAUUGAGUCGAAAGCGAAAAUUUUAUACGAGCAGAUGCCGGUUAUUUACAUUUAUGCCAUCAAUACGACCGCCGGUAAGGAUCCGCGACUGUACGAGUGUCCGAUUUACCGCAAACCGCAACGAACUGACCAAAAGUACGUGGGCUCGAUAGAUUUCGAGACCGACUUCAACCCUCGUCACUGGACAUUGAGAGGAGUCGCCCUGCUGUGCGAUAUCAAAUAAAUGGGGUUUAUGUUUCGUUUCCCGUUGAUGUUUUUUUGCACUUUUCUCUUAUUCCAGUAAAUACGAUUAACCUAAUUAGUGGCAAAAAGUUAAAAUGUUGUAAUUUAAAGCAGACCCAGUAGAGCACCUUUCCUGCAUACAAUGACUCACAGAAUUUGAGAGUACACAAAUAAAACGUUUGAAGUGUAGCUUAUUAGAGAACAUGACAAAUAUAACUCCGAGUCUGUAACAUGUUUUUCGGAAAA